AAGAAGAGAUAUGUUGUAUUUUGUACACGAAAGCUCUACACCAGAGCAACCAACAUGGAAAACCAAAAAGUACCGUCGAAUCUUGCAAGGUCUCAAAGUCCAGAAUCCUGAUACCUUUCAAGUUGAGCAAGCCCUUUGUCAACAGCCAAGCAGCACCGUAUCCUCUGCCGUUCUUAGUCAAUUCUAUGGACAUACCAUCACAAACCAUGAUAAUGGAUACCUCCUCUUUCGCAAGAUCCGUCUUUCAGCGUACUUCAACAAACAAUACGCCGUGUUUGUGAUGGGAAACUGGUCUGCUCCCCAUGCUAGGUAUCAUGAGCCCAUCUGUAGCCUUGGUUUCCGAAGACUUCUCAAGAAGCAUAGGUUCCAAAUCUAUCUUAUAGACGAGUACAAGACCAGUAAGUGCUGUCCAACAUGCCACAAAGAAAGCCUUCACACGUUCCGCCGUGUUCCAAACCUACGACCGUAUCAAUGUGAGCGAUAUCCUUCUGUCGUCUGCCAUGGCAUUUUAAGAUGCACCAAUUUAUACGGUAGACCCGCCAUGGCAGCUCCAGAUAGAUAUCGCUUAAGGAACAGGGAUGUUACUGCUUGUCUCAACUACGUGCACAUCCUUCGUGGGUUUCGACUUAAUGGCAUGAUUCCUCAUAGGUUUCGCCGGGUUGCUGUUGCUCCUACAAGGUGUCGAAGAAGAGUGGACGAUCAGGAGCAACCAAGAACUAGAAUACGCUUAGACGAUGAUUCUUCAUCCUAG